UCAGCGCUGUGACCUAACUUGCCAUGCACUGGAGAUGCGUGAAGAUUUAGGUGUGCUUUUUUGUAUGUUUGAUUCACGUAAUAUGCUGAAAUAAUGGAUCUAUGAGCUCUGCUGGACUCAGCUUGGAGUUCUCAAGAUCUGAGUGUCCAGAGUCAUGAAACUUAGUCCUUGUCAAGCCCCAUUAUAUGGCGAGUGUGUGCUAACAGUUCAGCUCUGUGAUGAGGCGCUCGGUGAAGGAGAACAGGGGGAGGUGCAGUUCUUCCUGUUGUUCACUGGCUCUGCUCAGAGACAUCUUACCAGCACACUGAAGGUCAGCCAUGCCACCCUUCAGGCUGUGUGUCCAGCUCAUAACUGCUGUGAGUGGGUGCUGGUCACCCUGUGCUCAGCGGGACCAGACGGUAACAUUCAUACUCUGGCUACCGAGCGCCUGCACUUCGUACAGGACCUGGCCUUCGACAUGGCCCAGUUCCUGGUGAGCGCGGUGGGGCAGACAAACCUACUGGAAGAGGCUCUGCUACUGGACGAGCAUCAGAUCCCACUGCAGGAGUGCGAAAAGCUGGACCAGAAUCUGUCCCUGGCCCUCAAACAUAUCACGCUGCCCCCUGGCUGGAACCUGCUGAGGGAUAACACACGACUGGAACCUCAAGAGACCCUCCUUCACUUUGCAGCCCGCCGCGGGCUCCUCAGAGUGGCCAGUUUUCUCCUCAAGCAGCCAGGGGCCCGAGAGGCCCUCAACCUGUGUAACAAACGGGGCGCCACACCGGUGAUCAUCGCCCAGAGUCGAGGAUAUACAGCACUGCUGGAGCUCUUCAGCCUGGAGGAUUUGGAUACAGACAUUGGCGUUGAGACGCUCAGACAGGUCUCCUCCUCGAGCAGUCGUGUGGUACAGCACCACCCCUCUCUGAACACCUACACCCUGUCUUUGGGCACCGAGCCGGGCGGCGCACCACCCAACCUACAGGCCGACAUCCUGGAACUGCGCAGACUGAUGCUUUGCCAUUGUCAAGGGAAGGUGAGUCAGGGAGGAGUUGCCUUUCAGCAGAGCUCAGACUCUCCGCAUAUUGCCCAAGAAUGUGAUGACGGCCUGGAGACCAGAGAUUGCUGUUGUGAAGAGGCACCUCACGACUCCCUUGAUACGAGAGAACGAGAGUUCACUCCUUUUAGCACAGAAGAAAACAAAGGACGUAAUGACCGUCUGGAUCCCUCGCAAAACAGGGAGGGUAACGGAGGUCCCUCGCUCAGCUGUGAAAGUGCCCCGGCUCUCCUAGAUAAUGGCAAUAGCGAAGAUCAGCGGGCGUGUGCUUGUGAAAACAGUGAGACUGAUUGCAGAGAGCAAGAGGAGCGUUCAACUACUGGUGUAGUUAGUACCGGUGACGUUGGAGAUAGUAGUGAUGGUUUGCAGAGUGGUUCUGAGAGCAUAGUCAACAGAACCUCUUCCUGCGAACAACAGAAAGAGGAAGCUGAUAAAGCAGAUGACUUAAUCUGUGAAGCACCAGGUUUUGCUGAGGGGCAAAAUCAGGAAAAAGGACACAACUCUGUAGAGGAGAAAGUAUCAGAGGAGAAAGAGCUAGCUGAAUGUAGCCCCACCGUUGAGGCAGGAGAUAUGGGAAUCACUCAGUCUUUGGACACGCCAGAAAGCUCGGAUGUUGAAUCUUCUCAAGGCACUGAGACCGAUGCUGAGGAAGAGGAUGGGUGCGGAGAUCUCAUCGAAUCUGAGGAGGUGCGAGAAGAAAGCAAGGAACCACCAGACGUAAAUCCUGAUGGAGAUACACCUCUAGAUAGCUCACACCAAAAUUUAGUGGAAAAUGAAAUGCAUGCUUGUCGAGGCAUUUGUGAUAAAACUGGUGACCCAGGAACCCAUAAACUAGUGGGAGACAUUUGUGAGAAGAUCACGUGUAAUGUGGAAGGUAGUCGAGAUCUUGAUUCUUCAGUAAUCUUUGAUCAAGAAGAAGCCGAUGAGGAGUUUCAGGAGAGUCUAGAAAUGCAAUACAUGGAAACAGAUGGAGACCAACAGAAUGAAGAACUUAGAGAUACAACCUCAAGGAUUUCAGUUGCUGAAGAUGAGAGCGUUUUACACCUGAGUGAAGUAAUUCAAGAGCUGUUGCCUGUAGAACAACCAAUUCUUUCAAUUGAAGACGUAGUGUUUGAAGGAAGUGAGUUUGACGGACAGAAAGUAAGUUCUUCAGGCGUCUUACAAACUGAGCUUGGUCCAGAACCCGGAUCUUCCAUAGCAACUAGUGAGGACAUCUUAGAACCUGAAGAUCUAGAGGUUCUUUUAGGUUCUGGCUGUGAGGGUACGGAGAACGUUCAAGGGAACCAGGAGGACGAACCCGUUUGUGAAGCUCAGGCGUCAGCGAAGGAUGUUCUUGAGUCAGCGAUUUCUGCAGAUAUGAAGAAAGUGAAUCUCCAAGGUGACUCUUCCCAGGAUCCCAGACAGGAUAUAACCUCAAACAAUGGGGUCAUGCAGGGCACAGCAGAAAUAGACCUUUUAGAAGAGGAUGCAGGUGUAGUUUUUGUAAACACCGAUGAAUCUGGAGAUCAACGUGUCUUGGUGGAUCCCUCAGACAUACUAGCUAAGUCAAAUGAGUUUGGGAUCUCUGAGGAAAGCCUGGCAGUCAAUGCAGAAGAUCUGUUUGGUGUUUCGGUCCACAGUGACCAUGUAGAUGGUGCCUUACAUGUCCCAAAUGCUCUUGAUGAGGAUGGCAUUAUAGUUCCUUCUGUAUGUCCUGAACAAGCCCAAGCGAACUUAGAUCCAGUGUCUCAAGAAACAGAAGCUGUGCGACCAAUGGGUGAAGACCUACUGAACGAGUCAGAUGCAUGUUUGGAGGAUCAGAUGGACUAUCAGAAGACAAUGUUUCCUGAUAUCAUGGACAAAAAAGAUGCACCAGUGAUCCACAGAGACAAAGACGCACUGUGUUCCAGUGUUUCCCAGAAGAGACACAACUUAUCCACAGAAAGUUCACAGUAUCCGGAGUUUCACACUUGCAACUCAGAAACAGUCACAUUUCGAGACUCAGGAAGUGAUACAGAUGGAUUUCUCAGUCCUGACACUGGAGAGGACAACAUCUUCAGAAAGGGGCAGGAGGCUGUAGGUGGAGGCGACAGCACGAGCGAGGUGUCCGUCUCCUGCUCCUCCACAGACGACACGGCUAGCGUCGGCCAUCCCAGCUCCUCAGCCGAGAGCUCUGAGGAGGUGCGGCACGGAGGAGAGGCAGAAGAGGAGGCCAAAGACAGGCUAACGGAGGUGCCGCUGCCUGCCUCUCUCUUCCGGUCCACCGUACGCUCACUCUCUCCAUUACGCAGACACAGCUGGGGUCCUGGGAAGAACCAGGGAGGGGAAGAAGAAAUGAACCAGCGCAGUUCUGUACGAAGUACCGGAGAGGAAAAGCCUGUGUUUUACAGAAGAAGUCUGAGCUGGUGCCCCACUGAACCCUGUCGAGAGCUGGAAGAAAUUAGAGCGCUCAUCAGUUAUAGUUUGGAGGGUCUAGCAGCAGGGAUUGAGGAUGGCAAACGUUGGAUACCGCAGUCCGGAGGUCCAUCCACGGAGCAGCGAGGGGUUCAGAGGCAGGAAAGUGAGGAGAGGGGCUCACUGAUGUCUCUCACAGAAGAAGGUCCUGAAUCUGAUUUGGGAGAAUGCAGCAGUCCAGCUGUUCAGAAAUCAAGGAAGUAUCAUCAGUUCAGACACAGCGGUCCAUCUGUGACUCUCCCCCUCACAAAAUCAGUCUCUAUGCUUUCCAUCAGCCAACGGGACAUAGAUGUGAUAGGAAGGAUUCGGCGAAAGAGGCAGAUCUCUUUUACCUUCAACCUCUCACCGAUCCUCCCUAAAUCUAAAACUGUCUUUGCUGUCACCUCUUCAUCUAGUGAUGAGGAGGACAUCAUAAUUUUCAUGAAAACAUUAAUUUUGGUUUUGGAAAAAGAAAAGGAAAAGAAUCGGGAGAAAGAGCGAGAGGCCAAAGAGAGAGAGAAGAAAUCAGUGAAUGGACACGUGUUCAGCACGUCAAGCUUGCUGCAUCCAGCUUUGUGCCAGCAAUGCAACAAAACCCUCAACACUAAAGAUACUGUCAGCUGCACAAAUUGCAAUGUGAGAGUUCACAAGAGUUGUAGAGAAAACAUCCCAGUUUGUCCCAAAAGCAGAAUGAAGUUUGCUGUACCAGAGUCCACCAAUAUGCCUACCGUCACUCUACGAACAAAAUCGUCCACAAUGCGGGAACGGCCCUGGUCUGCUAUCUUUUCUCCAGAGGAACAUUCUGUGAUUGUCCCGUCCAGACGACCCACCAGUAUUAUGCCCUUCCACAGCAGCAACCUCUCGAAAAGCAUGUCCAUCAACAAUAUUCCAAUGUUUGACGAUGUGCCUCUGAGAGGCAUGCGGUAUCUGUCUCAAUCCACAGACUCUCUCCACAAACCCAACAAGGUUACAGCGUCCAAUGAGUCUCUAGAUGAAGGAACUGUGAUGGUUGACAGCCGGCUGAUGGGAGAGUUUGAAGCAGAUGUUAAGGAACUGGAGGCUGACUCCUGGAGCAUUACUGUAGAUAAGAAAUAUCUGAAGCAACUCAAGAAGGACGCCAUUAAGAGACAAGACGUCAUCUAUGAGCUGAUCCAGACGGAGAUGCAUCACCUGCGGACGUUACGGAUCAUGUCUGAUGUGUACUGUAAGGGCGUGCUGACAGAUCUGCAGCUGGAGGUCCAGAUGGUGGAGAAGAUGUUCCCCAUGCUGGACGAGCUCCUGGAACUCCAUUCGUUCUUCUUCAACGCUCUGCUGGAGAGGAAGAAAGAAGCCAAGCUGGAAGGAACGGACGGAUUCAUAAUCAACAGGAUAGGAGAUGUGCUGCUCAGCCAGUUCUCAGACUCCAAUGCAGAAAGCAUGAAGAAAAUCUAUGGCAAAUUUUGCAAUCGACACAGUGAAGCAGUGAACUUCUACAAGGAGCUGCAUUCCAGAGACAGACGCUUCCAGGCAUUCAUCAGAAAAAAAAUGAGCAGCAGUGUUGUCCGGCGUUUGGGCAUCCCAGAGUGCAUACUACUGGUGACUCAGAGGAUAACGAAGUACCCGGUGCUUUUACAGCGAAUCCUGCUGCACACCAAAGAGAACGAGAAGGAUUUUGAGGACUUGACGCAGGCACUACAGCUGGUGAAAGAUAUCAUUGCUUCAGUGGACAGUAAAGUGAAUGAGCAUGAGAAGAAGAAAAGGUUGAAAGACAUUUACGGCCGUACGGACAGCAAGUCCAUCACGCGCAUGAAGAGCGGCCAGAUGUUCGCCCGAGAGGAUCUGCUGCGCAGUCGCAGGCUUCUCCAUGACGGUCCUCUCCAGCUGAAAAACGCUGCCGGACGACUGAAGGAUGUCCAUGCACUUCUUCUUUCGGAUGUCUUUGUGUUCCUCCAAGAAAAAGACCAGAAAUAUGUUUUUGCGUCUCUGGACCAGCGAGCCACUGUUAUCUCCCUGCAGAAGCUGAUCGUGCGAGAGGUGGCCCACGAGGAGCGCGGCCUCUUCCUCAUCACCGCCGGCAUCGCAAACCCCGAAAUGGUGGAGGUUCACGCCAGUUCCCGAGAGGAACGCAACACCUGGAUGCAGCUCAUUCAGGACGCCAUGCACUCAAUAGAAAAGGAUGAUGAUGAGGGGAUCCCCAGUGAAACAGAGGAAGACAGGAAGCUACUCGAAACAAAAACAAAAGAAAUGAGAGCCAUGCUCCAGAGGAAGGAUGAACAGAUCGUUUCACUCCUGCUGGAGAAGAUGAAGCUUUUCCGUGAAAUGUGCGGUUCGUCCGACGACACGGCUUUGGCGGUCAAAAUGCUCUUCAGGGCCAACAACAAGGACGUCCCCAAGGGGGAACCCAUCAUGAUGGACGCUCUCAGAGAGGAUGGCGACAAAGAGGAAGCUGAAGAUCUUCGGAGGACAGAAUCUGACAGUGUACUGAAGAAGGGAGGAAACGCCAACCUGCUGCUCCUGCUGAAGAGAAACAGCGAGCAGACCCUGACUAGUGUCACUCACCUUCACGACCUCCUGACCUCACUUCAGGCCGUAGUGCUGCAGCAGGACACUUUUAUCGAGGACCAGCGUCAGGCCCUAAACGAGCGCACCCCGUCCCGCUCCUCCUCUCGUCCCCCCUCGCUGGUGGAGCAGGAGAAACAGCGCAGCUUGGAGCGGCACCGACAGGAGGCUGCCACUCUACAGCGCCAGCAGGCCGUCCACGCCGAAGAGAAGCGGCGCAAGGAAAAAGAGUGGGAUGUGAAGGAGCAGGAGCUGACAAACCGGGAGGUGCUGCUACACGUGAGGGAGGAGGAGACGCAGAGGAGGAACAAAGAGCUGGAGGAGGUGCAGCAGGAGCUGCAGGGAAGGAAGGAGGAUUAUCAGAGGGAUCUAGAGAGACUGAGGGACGCUCAGAGGAGGCUGGAGAGGGAGAGGGAGCAGCUGCAGAGGGAGGUGGAGAGAGUGGAGCACCUCCGUGGGGUGGAGGCUCGGCUUCAGCGCACGCCCUCCAGCACAUCAGAGGACUCCCUAAAGCUCCAGAGCGGCAGCUCCAUAGAGCGAGAGAUCUGGGAGGGCGACUUAUCGUCCAGCCCCAGGAAGAACUCUCUGUCCAGGAUGGACUCCAAACAGAAGGGCCGCAGCCUCUUCUCCCUGGGUGGCAAAACUCAGAGUUUAGAAGGCCAAAACCAGAUCCCCACACGACUGCUUCAGCUGGUUUCAUCCAAGGAGAAGAAGGACAAAAAGAAGAAGAAGAGCAAGAGCCAGCUUCCUCAGGAUGCAGCAUCACAUCUGCUGCCCGUGACAGAGCCUUCAAUGGACGGAGAUAUCUUCUUCUGCUGAUUUACCCAUCAUCCCUUCUGUCCACAUCAUUGCCUCUCAUGGACUCUCUAUCAAAUCAUGUAGGAAAUCACCCA